AUGGUAUCCAGUUUCCCCCCCGACUACGACGACUUGACCGUGUACACUCGGGACAGGCGCUGCGAGAAUUACUUCAACAGGGGCUGGUGUUUUUGCGAAGCCUUGUGGGCCACCAUGACGAAGGACAACACCCUGGUGCUGGACUUGGGAAAGGACACUGGGAAGAAGGCCGGCUUCUUCGGCCUGCGGGCCCAGUGCCAAGCGGACCGGCGGCCUCCCGUGCUGCCGGCCUCGUUCAGCGAGGAGCUGCAGAAGAAGUGGUUCAGCCACGCGCCCACCGAUCGUCCGAGGGUGGAGGAGCUCUACACCAAAGCGUUCUCAGAACGCUUCACGCACAACACGAAGCUGGACUACGCGAGGCUGUCGUGGGCGAACCGCGAGGCCAGGGCCGUCGCCGCAGUGCUGCGCGCUGGGGCCGUGCCGAACCUGCGGGAGCUGCUGCUGGGGAUGAACCGCAUCGGCGACUCGGGCACUGCCUGCCUCGCGGAGGCGUUCGGGUCCGGCGUGACGCCGCGGCUGUCCAGGCUGUCCCUCGGCAUCAACCGCGUCGGCGACGCGGGCGUGGCCUCGCUCGCCGAGGCGUUCGGGAGGAGCGGGGCCACGCCGCAGCUGGCGCAGCUGUGGCUCCAGAACAACCAGAUCGCCGACGCCGGGGCGCUCGCGCUGGCGGAGGCAUUGCCGCGAAUACCAUCUCUGACCGACUUGGGGCUUGGCGGCAAUGUCGCCAUCAAGACAGCGGCUAAGGAUGUGCUGCGACGGGCCUGGGGCUCGCGGAUGUCUGGCGGGUACGGCCUGGAUGUGUGA